GUAAAAUGAAGGACGCAUUAAGCAGAGGAGUUGGGGGAAAACGAAAACAAGCAGAUCCCAUACUUCCCGAAGAUGAGGCUACAAUCUGGGAGAAAGGGAUUUUCGGGAUGAACAAUGCAGAAACCCUUCAGAACACUGUGUUUUAUUACAGUUGCAAGUUCUUUGGAUUAAGGGGUCAUGACGAACAUCAUUCUCUCCAAUGUGACCAGUUUUUUCUUGGUGAGGAUAAUAGGGGGAAAUUCAUCGAAUUCACAGGCAGAUCAACAAAGACCUUCAAGGGAGGACUAGCUCACAAGGAACUACACAACAAGCAAAUACGGCACUACUGUCAGCCCGGGGAGCGAUGCAUGGCUGAUUUUUUUAAAGUAUACCUAGAUGCUCUGGGAAACGAAGGAUCGUUUUACCGCCGCCCACUGGCAGGCUCGCCCCCUCGUUAUGGCUCGCAAUUAGUCGGUGUUAAUAAAUUAAAAUCCCUGAUGAAGGUAAUCUGUGAAAAAGCAGGUCUGAAGGGAAACUAUACAAACCAUUCAGGAAAAAGAACAUGCGCAACGGCACUCUAUCAAAACGGAGUCGAGGAACAGGAGAUUAUGGGUAGAACGGGGCAUCGGUCAGAAAUGGGAGUGCGGGCCUACAAACGUGGAAAUGCAGAGAUUGCGUGCACGGUGUCAAAAGUUUUAAAUCCCCCAGAACCUAAAUUGCCGAAGAAAGAACGAAAGGAUGCCCCUGGACCUCUGUUGGACAUAUCUACAUCUAAUAAAAUGAACGUUCAUGACAAAGUGGAAGUUUUGGGUCAGACCGGUGGUAGCAGUACAUUUAACAACUGCACUUUCAUUUCGUAUUAA